ACCCGCAGGCUGCACACGCCCCUGCUGAGUCCCAGUGCGGGCAUUGCUGUGGGGCCCACGGGCAGAUCUGGAUUCCUGGUGGGAAGCAGCCCAAUCACCCCCCAUACACAACCUCCCAGAAACCCAGGACGGAGGGAGCUGGGAGAGGCCUUCUGCAUGUGUAACCACCCUCCCUGUGCCUGACUGACAGCCCCAGGCUCUUGGGGCCCCCGGUCCCCUUGGGAGGGGCCAGGAGCCGGAAACCAAGAAAGAGGAACCCAGGCUUCCGGCUUCCCAGGGACCGAGCAGAUGGGGGUGUCCCGGAGCCUCCUGUGGAGCGCUCCACAGCCUCGUGCAGGCUGGCGAGGCCGCAGGCAGGGGAGCAGGCCCUGCUGGGGCUCCAGGAGGGAGGGGGCGGCGCCCCAGACCCUCCCGGGAACCGCGGGACCGGGUCUCGGGUUCGCUGAGCACCGUGGCCUCUCCUCAGACCCCAGGUUGUGGUGAGGGUCCCGAGCCGGCAUCACGGAGCCCGAGCGACGACCUCACCCAUGCCCACCGCGCAUGAGGCCGAGAAGCAGCACACAGGGCCCGCGGAGGCAGACCAGCCUCCCUCCAUGUCCAGUCAUGCGGGGGCGCCGGCUGCCCCCAGCCGCAACCCCUGCUGCUUGUGCUGGUGUUGCUGUUGCAGCUGCUCCUGGAGUGAAGGGCGGCGACCAGCAUGGCGGGCUUCCGGGGAGAGCAAGCUACAGCCCCUCCCCAGCUGCGAAGCCUGCACUCCGAGCCCCGAGGAGGUGCAGAGCUGGGCACAGUCCUUCGACAAGCUGAUGCACAGCCCCGCGGGCCGCAGCGCGUUCCGGGCCUUCCUGCGCACCGAGUACAGCGAGGAGAACAUGCUCUUCUGGCUGGCCUGCGAGGAGCUCAAGGCCGAGGCCAACCAGCACGUGGUGGACGAGAAGGCGCGGCUCAUCUACGAGGACUACGUGUCCAUCCUCUCCCCCAAGGAGGUGAGCUUGGACUCCCGCGUCCGGGAAGGCAUCAACAAGAAGAUGCAGGAGCCGUCCGCGCACACGUUCGACGACGCACAGCUGCAGAUUUACACGCUCAUGCACCGGGACUCCUACCCCCGCUUCCUCAGCUCCCCCGCCUACCGCGCCCUGCUGCUCCAGGGGGACCCCCCGUCCUCCCACGAGGCCUAGGCCACCCCCGUGGGCAGAGACUCGGGUCACCUUCCCCAUGUGGCAGGGUGUGGGCACACCAGCCCCAGGGCUAGUGCCCUGAGGUCCUGCUAACGGGCCGGGGUGCUGGCCGGCCAGGGGCUCCUGCCUGAUGAGGGGCGGCCCUCCAGGGGCAUCUGGGAUCCACCAGGCUCAAGAGGCCUGGGCCGGAGAAGCGGCAGUGACGGGAGAGGCCUCGCACUGGCCGGUGUGGGACUCGGCCGGGCCUUCCAGCGGAGCGCUCUGCUCCCAGAAUCAGACCCGGGACCUUCACACUGGGCUCCAGGCGGCAGGACCCAGUUUCUCUCCUCUGUGCCCAUUCACUUUGAAUCUGGAAACAUGUCCUCGCUGUGUUUUAUAAGGAAAAAAGUUUUCAUAUUUAUCUCCAUCCCACCUCCCCAACACAGGAUAUCUGUUAUUGAAGAUACUUUUAAAGCGA